ACAAAAACUCCAAUGAACCUGUUACCUUUGUCAUUCAAUUUGCAAAGAUGAAAUCAUGGAGAGGUUUUACUCUUCUUUUUUAAUUAUUAAUUUUAGUGUUUUCUUUAGAUUUUACUCUUCUUUAUUUGUUAUUAUGCCUUCCAUUCUCUAUUGAUGCGCUUGGUGGCUUUCUAUUUCAAUGGUGGUCUGUUUUUGGGACAUUCAUUACUAGGACAAAUGAGAAGCACUCUGAAGUUAUUGCAUCUUACAUUGAGGUGCUUGGCUGAUGAGACUGCAGUCCUUUUACUUUAUUCAUUGGUGCAAGGAAACUCUGAUUUUUUGGAAUAUGUUCUCGUGCGAACUGAUGUGGAUAGCUUGGUAAGAAAAAGAGGUUGUGGAGAAGUCUACAAGGCUGAAUUGCCAAGAAGCAAUGGAAAGAUGAUUGCCAUAAAGAACAUUAUUCAACCCUCAAAGGAAGCGACUGAGUUGACUGAAGAAGAUAGCAAGCUUCUAGACAAGAAGAUGCAACAAAUCUGAUUAGCAAUUGCCAUAGUUGGCCAAAUUUAGCACAGAAAUUUUCUUCCUCUUCUGGUUCAUGUUGGUUGUCUUGCCAAGAUGAAUCCCUUGCCAAGUAGGUAUCCAAUCAUUGUUAGUGCCUUAUGCUGAUUCUUCUGUGUUUUGUUUCACCAUGUGUUACCAGUGUUAAUUGGAAAGUUAUUUAUUGAGGAAGUUUCAGGCCAAGUGCUUUAUUUAAAUAUUUAUUUCUUCCUUCAAGUUACAUGCUUCUAGGAAAAGAAUGUUUUUUUUUUUUUUUACAUACGACUAAAGCCUUUUGCCAUUU